GUCUCAGUAGCUCAGUGAACACUCGCUCUAGGAAUGUGUGUGUGUGCACCACUGCUUCAGGACUGAGCUGAGGCCUGCUGAACAGCGAAGCCUGGGACUUGAGUUUAUUUCACAGCUGACUGGACUUGCCUCUCUCCCGGGCAGCUGACUCGGGGGGGCUCCAGCCUGUAGUCCAGCAGGAGUCAGCAGAGAGGGGCUGGGACGGCUGGCAGCGCGUGCCUGUGGGAUGGGAAAUGCCUAUAUAAAGCCGUCUUGUUCUGUGGCGUUCCGGGCUGUUCUGUGCUGUUCUAUUUGAGGCUCUCUUGGCUACGCCGUCACCUGUGGGAGCCGUUCCACGCUGAGCGCCAUAUGCAGGGCAGGAGGAGGGGGAGGGGGUGUUUAGAGACCAUGGACAGCUCGGUGGCAGGAGGGCUUGUGUUUAGACUGCUGAGGUAAACAGUGACUGCCCUCUGGUUCACGCAUGGAUUGCCUCAGUGACCAAAAUGGAAACUUGACAUCUGGCAUCUGGCCUGUCUCAAGAUUGUGUGUGUGUUUGUGUGUGUGUGUGUGUGUGAGAGAUUUAAUGUUUGAACAAGUGACAGUGUGUGUGUGUUAGCGGCGUCAUGUUGGCUGUUCUGUGGCGGUGGCUUGCCGUGCUCUGGUUGUGGUUCUGGGCGUGGGUGCGGUUCGGAUCACAGUGGGCCCGCACCAGGCAGGCCGCACAGCCACCCCUCACACUGGACAGUGACAUCCCUCAGGAGGAGGAGCUCUGUUAUAGCCAAUCAGAGGAGUGGAAGACUGACCAAUCAGCCAGGACCUACGGUUACCAUGACGACGCAGCGAUGGUGGCUGUGCAGACAAGCACUCACACUUUCUACGUGGACCUGGAGCGUCUAGCAGAGUGUGGCGAAUAUUUCCGGGCCCUCUCCCACUCCAGUAUGAUCGAGACGAGCCAGCGGCGGAUUGUUCUAGAACACGUGCCCUCCGAGGUCUUCCACAGCCUGCUGCAGUUCUACUUCCUGGGUCACUUCCGCAUGGCGCCGUCACACCUGCCCGCCAACCUCCAGGUGAGUAGCUACCUGCUCUCCUCCGCCUACACCUCCCGCCUGCUGGCCCACCUGUCCUCGCUCCUGACGCCACUCACCUGCCCGGCGUACCUGGAGCUGUCCAAGCGGCUGGGCUGCCCCGAGCUGCGCCACCAGGUGCUCCUCUACCUGAGCGCUCACCUGUUGGAGCUGCCGCACCUGAGUCGGGCGCUGGAGCCCCGCGAGAGAGAGCUGCUCCCGGACCUGCGCUCCGCCGGAACCCUCCGUCUCUGCUGCCUGCGCAAGGAGAACCUGUGCGCGCGGAACGCGCUGGAAACUCAGGCGGUGCGGAGGGUCUUCUGCCUGGAGGAGGGGGAGGGGGAGGGGGUGGAGACCACGGGGUGGACCCCGCUGACGGAGAUGCCGUUCCAGGCGGAUAAGUGGUGCUUCACCACGGCGGUGCUCUUCAACUACCUCUACCUCGUCGGAGGCUACCGCCACCGGGCCGCCCGCGGAUACGAGUUCAAGAUGGCCUCGUUCCGCUACAACCCCCUCACCCAGCAGUGGGCCCCAGUGGCGCCCAUGAUCAAGCACAGACGUCACUUCAGCGCGGUGGCGUGUGCGGGGUGUGUGUAUGCCGUGGGCGGCUGGUACCUGGACUCGCUGGUGACCCCUGACUCCAGCACGAGCCUGUACACGGCGGUGGAGCGCUACGACCCCUGGGCCGACCGCUGGGCCUUCGUGGCGUCGCUGCCGCUCAGCGACUUCCGCUUCAGCCUGUCGCUGGCGCACGACUCGCCCCUCACGGCCGCGCGCGCCGACUGCCUCUACGUGCUGGGCAGCAUCUACCGGACCGGGGAGAAGCUGGUGCUCCGGUACAGCACCACCAACGACUGCUGGUCGGAGCUCCUGCCCACUUUGACCCGAACGGAUGCCCUCAUGCCCAGCCUCUUCUUCCUGGGUGCCACAGACAAGCUGCUGGUGAUUGGCGGAAACAACACCGAAACCAUGGUAACCUCAUUCUGUGUGGACUCUCAGCGCUGGGGGCGUGUCCGGAGCAUGGAGAGAACAGCUCUCAUUGGUCAGGGGACAGUUGUGGACGGCGAGGUCAUCAUAUCAAGUUUAAAACAUGACGCUGUGAUCAGACUGAAUACGGACUCUCUCUCCUUCUCCCUCCUCCCCCCUCUCCCCAUCCCUACCUGCUACGAAAGUGUCUUCCACCUCUACUUUUAACACACCGCAAACGUCCAACAAACGUAUUACAAACGUCCAACAAACUUAUUACAAAGUAUAACAAAUAUCUUUAAACAUAUUACAAAUAUCUUAUAAACGUAUUACAAACAUCUUGCUCAGCAUGUCUUGCCCUGCACCUCCCCAUCCCUACCUGCUACGAGAGCCUCUUCCACCUCUUUUUAAUUCAUCGCACACGUAUUACAAAUGUCUUAUAAACGUCUUACUCAGCAUGUUUUGUCCCUCCUCAUGCAGUUUGUUGUAGCAUACACUGUGUCUAUGCAACAGAACUGAGAGAGACUUUAGGCAAACACCACUCCACCUCACGUGUGUGUGUACACUUGUGUAAGUUUAACUACAUACAAUACAUACCGUACACACAUUCAAAUCCACUUUUAUGCUGCUUCUACUUCUUAUGGUUAUGUUUAUGGUUAUGGUAUUGAGAAGACACUUUCGUCCAAAACAACAUACAAAUUACAUAACAUGAAGAGUUAAAUUUAAUGGUGAACAAUUGAAAAGUUGGUUACUAUUUAAGGAGAAUAGCAAUAAUAAACAACAAUGGCAAUUCAAUCAAUAGCUUAAGGAAAAAAACUAAAUACUAUGAUAUACAAACCAUAAUGCUUUAUAAACUAAGUGCAUGUUGAACAGAUAUGCCUUAAGAUCCUUGGUGAAUAGCUGUUUUAGCUGUAAACACCAAAAGCUCAGUUUUUGAGAGAUUAAGCUGAAGGUAUUCUUAUAGCAUGCAGAAAUCCAAUGGGAAAUGCUGGAGUCCUCAGGUGGGAAAGAUAGAUGUUGAGUGUCAUCUGCAUAGCAAUGGUAGUCAAAUCCAUGGGAGUGAAUGGUCUCACCUAAGGAAGUGGUGUAAAUAGAGAAAAGCAGGGGCCCUAAUACUGAUCCCUGAGGCACACCUGGAGAGGUCACGAGACUUUGAUACCUGUCCCUGCAAAGACACGGUGAACGAACGCCCUUUAAGGUAUUCAAACCAGUCAAGAGCUUUCCCAGAAAUUCAUGGUUCAUGGUUAGUAUCAAAGGCUGCAGAUCAAGUACAGGAUAAUUCUGAGAUAUUACUAGAAUCCUGUAGUUAUUGUAUUAUGACGAUUUACUAGAGUUAUCAUUCUGUUCAAAUAUGUAUUAAAUAUGACUGCUGUACACCUAUAAUUUUCAAUGAGAAUGUUUGUUGUUGUAUUAUUAUCCCUUUUGACAAAAACCUCUGCAAUGAUCCAUAACCAUAUUAUUAUAAAAAUGUGUUCCUAGGACACAGUUGGAUAUCAGGCACAUGUCCUUGCAGGACAUAUUGAUGUGUGUCAGUCUAAUAACCCUGUCAUGUCAGCCUGUCCCUGCUUCCAGUUUAAACAUUAAACAUUUGACAUUGUUUCACUAUGUUCGCAAUCUGACCUCUAAUUCUCCUUGAGGAUACUGUAUGCCGUGUGGAGCUCUGCCCACUUAAGGUGUGUGUGUACGGUUUUGUUGAUGUUUCGUACUGUUAUGUACUGUAUGUGAGGUUCUGUGCACUUAAGAUAUGUGUGUAAGGUUAUGUUGAUGUUUCUGUACUGUGUGUGUGUGUGU